AUGCCCAGCCAACCGCCCCUCCCUCCCCUCCUCGCGCCCUACGUAUCGUCUCUACCGCCAUCGUCCCUGACAGUCCUAUCUUCAGUCCUCGGCGCAACAGGAAACUGGCUGGCCCUGAGAUUCCUCUAUGCCGCCCUGAGCGUGUCAGCAUCGGAUGCGACCUUAAGUCUCAGCGAUACCAAUAAUGGGAAAAAGAGGAAGGUCGUGCUCGUGAGUUUUCUGCGGGGCUGGGAAUUUUGGAGGACCGAGGCCAAGAGAUUGGGUCUCGAUCUUGCCCGCCUCACAGACAAGCACGAAUUCGCAUUCAUCGACGGACUCUCUGAACUAUUUUCCGUUCCUUCCACUACUUCUACCCAGGCACCUACACAUCAAGCCUCACUACGCGGAGCCGUGCCUCCUCGGACAGUACUGCCCCUCAGGUCGCAGCCGGGUCCCGUUCCCGCACGAGGACCGCAACCCGUACAUCGGCCAGUGGCUGCCGCUCCGAACCCGCCGGCAUCGAGAGAAAUUGGCCCAGUUAGGCGACUUCACCUGUCAGGAAAUGGGACUGCAGCCUUAGACGCGUUGGAAAAGGACAUUUCUGCCGUGAUCAAUGGCCUGAGAACAUCGACAGCCGGAGACGGACAGGAAGAUCCCGAAAUAUUGCUGGUCCUCGACCAACCAGAUCUGCUACUAGCUGCUACGGGUCCAGGCAAGGGUGUAGGCGCUACGGAGAUGGGAGAUUGGGUGAUGGGGCUACAACAGUAUGCCCACGCGACAGUUUUGACCGUUUCCGCUGAUUCCCCGUUGAUACACAAUGCGUCCACAUCUGCGCACCAGUUGGCGACUCCGCUAGAGACCCAGCAUGCUGCUUUUGCUAUUGGGUCGGGCCAUCGGGCGCAUAUGGUUAUGCAGCUCCGGAACCUAGAGACGGGUGCCGCAAGGGAUGUCAGUGGUGUGCUGAGGGUCAGCAAAGGAGGUGCGUGGGGGCAAAAUAACAACACGGAGAAUGAUAGCCGUUGGGAAGAGAAGGAAGUCUUAUACUUCGUUCAAAGGGACGGCGGCGUUAGCGUCUUUGGUCGAGGAGAGUAG